AAACAAGAAGCCAAGCGGACGAAAAUAUUGAAACUUAAAACAAAAAUUCGCUCAGUGAGCAGUUCAAAGUGAACUUCCGCUAAAAUAAUUUCAAGCGAGUAAGCUUCGACAGUCGCUCCAUUACCGCGAAAUGAUGAAGUUCAUCGCAACAGGACUCGCUCUGCUAGCCUACUCAAUCCAUCUGGCUGAAGGAGGAGGAUUUGGCCAGCUGCUGGACCCAGAUUGUGGUACGACGAAGGAGGGCAUUACCGAACGGAUCGCCGGGGGCACGAACGCAGACCCAUUAUCAAAUCCAUGGAUGGUAUAUGUGACUGGAGAGGUGCAAUGUGGUGGCUCGCUGAUCACCAAUCGUUUCGUUCUCACGGCAGCCCACUGCAUCGUGGAUUCCAAUAUGAGCGUGCGCUUGGGCGAGUACGAUACCCAAAAUCCACGCAAGGACUGCAAUCGUGGGGUCUGCGUGCUAAGGGUCUAUACCGUCGAAGUGGAUUUGAAAUUUGUACAUAGUGACAAUAGGGACGAAUACAAAUAUGACAUCGGUCUGCUGCGCAUGAAGACCGCGGUCCAGUACUCAGACUAUGUGCGGCCAAUCUGUUUCCUGGUUAAUGGGCACUUGCAGGAAAGUACCUCAUUCAAUAUCACCGGCUGGGGUAUUACCAACAAUAAGCACACAAGCCAGACGCUCCAAACAGCCAUGGUGUACAACGUCGAUCCCGAGUUAUGCAGCAAAAAGUUCAUGAACGAAGUGGAUGAAUCGCAGAUUUGUGCUAGCAACGAAAACCGAGAUGCAUGUUCCGGGGACUCAGGAGGCCCGCUAAGCGCACAGAUUGCUCGUGACGGCCGCUUAUUGACAUUCCAGUACGGAAUUAUUAGCUAUGGAUCCAAGAAAUGUAAUUCCCACACCGUUUACACCAAUGUAACAUACUAUAGGGAGUGGAUACUGAGCACCAUCGAAUCGGCCUCGUUGCUGGAGGAGAACUGUGGAACAGUAGCGCGCGGCUCCAGAGUUCGGCGGUUAGUUGGAGGCCAUGAUGCCGGGAGGCUUUCACAUCCGUGGAUGGUAAGGCUGCACACAUAUUCUAGUUAUGUCUGCGGCGGUUCGCUUAUCACCUCCCGUUUUGUGCUGACGUCAGCGGUCUGUGUCGAUUUCUCAAAGCCUAUGACAGCGCUGCUCGGCGGGCAUGACAUGGAUUUGCCGCACACAUUCCUGGAGGUCCCAAUCGAUCGAAAAAUCGUGCAGCCACAGUUCGAUCCGCGGAAUCCCUUAAAACACGACAUAGCUCUGCUUCAAAUGAUGCAAGAAGUUCCUUUCUCAGACCACAUCAGGCCCAUUUGCCUUUCCAAUAAUCAGAUCCUGGAGGGAGUUCAGAGCUACACUCUCACUGGCUGGGGUGUCACCGGCGACGGUAAAGUGAGCCGCAUCCUCCAAGAGACCUCUUUGAUUGGCGGCGAUCCGUCACUUUGCAAUAGAACAUUUCCCGGUCGAAUCGAUCAGUCGUAUAUAUGCACCUUUGGCGUGAACGGUGAUGCGUGCAAUGGGGAUAGUGGAGGCCCAUUGAGCGCGCAGCUUCCCUACAAUGGCACUUAUCGGACUUUCCUGCUGGGAGUCAUGAGCUUUGGGUUAAGUACCUGUAGGGGCUAUGGGUUGUCCACAAAUGUGUCGCACUACUUGGACUGGAUCAAGAACACAAUUAAAGAGAACUCAAUUACUUCCAUUUAGAGUCCAAAUGAAUUCAGAAAGAUGAAAAGCCAUUUAUCUAUUGGUCUUUGCAAUUAAAACCAAGAUUAAAGAAGCUUAGUUGAGACCAUUUCUUUAGUUGCAAAGUGAGGAACGCUAUCGAUUACCAUCGGAGGCAAAGCAAAUGUUCGAUAGACUAAGCCGAUUGUGCUCGAUGUAAAUGUAAAAGGAUGUUAUCAAAAAAAAAGAUCUAUAAUCGAUUAAAACAACCAGAUUUGUUUUCAAAU